UCUCUCUUCUCUUCCCCUUCUCGCUCUCUCUCUCCCUCUCUCGGCGAGGACGCAGCGCGGCGGCUACAGCGUCGUCGUCGUCGUCGCGCUGGACAUGGAGGCCGCGGCGGCGGCGGUGGCGUGGGAAGAGCCAGCGGCGGCGAGGGACGCGGAGGCCGCGGCGGUGCUGGACACGGAGGAUGCGUCGACGGCGGCCCCUCCAUGUGCCCCCCGCGAGAUGGUCGUAGCCUGCGUCCACGGCGGCUCCCCGUGUGCCCGCCCGCCUGCACGACCACGGCACUAGCAGCCGCGCCACCAUACCGUGGAGCGCUAGCCAGAGAGAACGAAGAAAACGACCAGAAGUAGAAGAAAGAAGAAAAAGAGGAAAAAAAUGAAAGAACCAAUGAGCAGCAGCACAAGCCGUCAUUUUGGUCCGCUGCAUAGACAUGACCGCUGUGCAUGCCGUCCGGCUGCCGCACCGCAUGCCGUCCUGGCUGCGUCUCGCCGUCGCUCAACCACGCCUCGCCGAUGCACGGCCGUGCCAAGCGCCAUCCGGCGGCACCACCACCGUCAAGCCGGGGGAGGAAAGGAACAAGAACCAGAAAAAGAAUAUGAAAUAAAAAGGGGAAAAGCGGGGAGGCAGUCAGUGCCCGUCGCCAUGCGUCCGCGCCUAGCGCCACAGGAGCCCCGCCAUCUGCCGCGUCGACCGACACAAGGUCGUCCGUCGCCAGCCACCGCACCAUCCGCCGCGCAUCGCCACCGCCGACUGCACCGACGCCCGGCCGCGCCACGCGACGCUCGCCUUCCACCGCCGCACGGCCGAGCGACGCCCUUCCGCACUAGGAUCGCGCCCGCGCCGUCUUCCCGCGUCCCCUCACGACCACCCGCUGCCGCUUGACCUGCGUCGUGUGCCGCCGCAGUGGGCCGCGCGCCGCCGCCCACCACCCGCCCCAGCACGCCGCCGUGCGCGCCGACGGACCGCCGCCG